CAGGAGUGUCGUGGUUCCCGUCAAAAAGCCGCCGCCCGGCAGCCUGUCCGUCAACACCGUGGCCACGCCCACCACCGGCGCCGCCUCCACGGCCGGCAGCACGCCGAACAUCUUCGCUGCGGCCACGGCGACGCCCAAGAGCAUGAUCAACACCACAGGUGCCGCCGACUCCGCCUCCUCCUCCUCGUCCUCGUCCUCGUCGUUUGUCAACGGCGCCACCAGCAAGAACCUGCCGGCCGUCCAGACGGUGGCGCCCAUGCCUGAAGACACCGUGGAGAACAUGAGUGCCUAUUGUGAGGUGGCGCAGUGUGCGUUGCGCAGCGGUCAGACGCCCCCUGAGCUUAAGUCUUUUAGCUCCCUGGCAGGCUUCCAGGCAGCCCCCCGAGAUGCAGGACAGUGUUUUAGCAUCACCACCAAGCUGGAGCGCGCCCUGGAGAAGGUGGCCCCCCUGCUGAGGGAGAUCUUUGUGGACUUUGCCCCCUUCCUGUCCCGCACCCUGCUGGGGAGUCAUGGGCAGGAACUGCUCAUUGAAGGUACAGGUCUGGUGUGCAUGAAGUCCAGCACGUCGGUGGUGGAGCUGGUCAUGCUGCUCUGCUCUCAGGAAUGGCAGAAUUCCAUCCAGAAAAAUGCUGGCUUGGCUUUCAUCGAGCUGAUCAACGAGGGAAGACUUCUGUGCCACGCCAUGAAGGAUCACAUCGUGCGUGUGGCCAACGAGGCUGAGUUCAUCCUCAACCGACAGCGAGCCGAAGACGUGCACAAACACGCCGAGUUUGAGUCCAACUGUGCACAGUACGCCGCCGACCGGCGCGAGGAGGAGAAGAUGUGCGACCACCUGAUCAGCGCCGCCAAGCACCGAGAUCACGUGACCGCCAACCAGCUGAAGCAGAAGAUCCUCAACAUCCUGACCAAUAAGCACGGAGCCUGGGGGACCAUGUCUCAGAGCCAAUUGCACGACUUCUGGCGUCUGGACUACUGGGAGGACGACUUGAGGAGGAGGCGGAGAUUCGUGAGAAACGCUUUUGGCUCCACCCACGCCGACGUGUCACUCAAAGCUAUUGAGGACUACGGCACCGAGGAAGAAGGGGAGGAGCCUAAGUCCAAAAAGAGCUUCCGCAGCCAAUCAGUGGUGGCGCAGAACCCGGAGGCGGAGUUGAUGCUGGAGGGCGACGAUGACACGGUCAGCCUUCUGCAGGAGAAAGAGAUUGACAACCUUGCAGGUCCCGUGGUGCUGAGCACGCCGGCCCAGCUGGUGGCGCCGGUGGUGGUGGCCCGCGGCACCCUGUCCAUCACCACCACCGAGAUAUACUUCGAGGUGGACGAAGAGGACCCCGCCUUCAAGAAAGCUGACGCUAAAGUGCUGGCCUACUCGGAGGGUCUACACGGCAAGUGGAUGUUCAGCGAGAUCCGGGCGGUCUUCUCCAGGCGCUACCUGCUGCACAACACGGGCCUGGAGGUCUUCAUGGCCAACAGAACCUCCGUCAUGUUUAACUUCCCCGACCCGGCCACGGUGAAGAGGGUGGUCUACAGCCUCCCGCGGGUGGGGGUGGGAACCAGCUACGGUCUGCCGCAGGCCAGGCGCAUCUCCUUGGCCACGCCCCGCCAGCUCUUCAAGUCGUCCAACAUGACGCAGCGUUGGCAGCGCAGGGAGAUCUCCAACUUUGAGUACCUCAUGUUCCUCAACACCAUCGCAGGGAGGACCUACAACGAUCUGAACCAGUACCCCAUCUUCCCCUGGGUCCUGACCAACUACGACUCGGAGGAGCUGGACCUCACAUUGCCCGGAAACUUCCGAGACCUUUCCAAGCCAAUCGGAGCUCUGAAUCCCAAGCGAGCCGCCUUCUACGCCGAGCGCUACGAGACGUGGGACGACGACAGCACGCCGCCCGACCACUACACCACCCUCUACUCCACCGCGCACUCCACCCUCAUGUGGAUGCUCAGAAUAGAGCCCUUCACCACCUUCUUUCUCAACGCCAACGGCGGAAAGUUCGACCAUCCGGACCGGUCCUUCUCUGGCAUCGGGCGCUCAUGGAGGAACUGCCAGAGGGACACGGCCGACGUCAAGGAGCUCACCCCGGAGUUCUACUACCUGCCCGAGAUGUUCGUCAACAGCAACGAGUACGAGCUGGGCGUGCGCGACGACGGCCUUCCUGUCUGCGACGUGGAGCUCCCCGUGUGGGCCAAGAAACCCGAGGACUUUGUGCGCAUCAACCGCAUGGCGCUGGAGAGCGAGUUCGUGUCGUGUCAGCUCCACCAGUGGAUCGACCUGAUCUUCGGCUACAAGCAGCGAGGGCCCGAGGCCGUGCGGGCGCUCAACGUCUUCAACUUCCUGUCCUACGAGGGCGCCGUCAACCUGGACGCCCUGGAGGCGCCGCAGAGAGAGGCGAUGGAGGCGCAGAUUCAGACGUGCGGGCAGAUCCCCUCGCAGCUCCUCAUCGAGCCACACCCACCUCGCUCCUCCGCCAUGCACCUGUGUUUCCUUCCCCAGAGUCCUCUGAUGUUUAAGGAUCAGAUGCAACAGGACGUCAUCAUGGUGCUCAAGUUCCCCUCCAACUCGCCCGUCACGCACGUGGCCGCCAACACGCUGCCGCACCUCAGCAUCCCCGCCGCCGUCACCGUCACCUGCAGCCGCCUCUUCGCCGUCAACCGCUGGCACAACACCGUCGGCCUGCGUGGCGCCCCAGGAUACUCCCUGGAACAAGCCCACCACCUGCCCAUCGAGAUGGACCCUCUCAUAGCGAACAACUCGGGCACCAACAAGCGUCAGAUCACGGACCUGGUGGACCAGAGCAUCCAGAUCAACACGCACUGCUUCGUGGUGACGGCCGACAACCGCUACAUCCUGGUGUGCGGCUUCUGGGACAAGAGCUUCCGCGUCUACUCUUCUGAGACCGGGAAGCUGACCCAGAUCGUGUUCGGCCACUGGGACGUGGUGACGUGUCUGGCCAGGUCCGAGUCCUACAUCGGAGGGGACUGUUACAUCGUGUCGGGCUCCAGGGACGCCACUCUUCUUCUGUGGUACUGGAGUGGACGCCACCACAUCAUUGGGGACAACCCCAACAACAGCGACUAUCCCGCCCCCCGCGCCGUCCUGACGGGACACGACCAUGAAGUUGUGUGCGUGUCCGUCUGUGCUGAGCUGGGAUUGGUCAUCAGCGGGGCCAAAGAGGGUCCCUGCCUGGUCCACACCAUCACGGGAGACCUCCUGAGGGCCUUGGAGGGCCCCGAGCUGUGCCAGCAGCCUCGUCUGAUCUCCGUGUCCAGCGAGGGUCACUGCAUCAUUUACUACGAGCGAGGGCGCUUCUGCAACUUCAGCAUCAACGGGAAGCUGCUGGCCCAGAUGGAGGUCAACGACUCCACGCGGGCCAUCUUGCUGAGCAGCGACGGACAGAACCUGGUGACGGGCGGCGACAACGGCGUGGUGGAGGUGUGGCAGGCGUGCGACUUCAAGCAGCUUUACAUCUACCCGGGAUGCGACGCCGGCAUCCGCGCCAUGGACCUCUCCCACGACCAGAGGACCCUGAUCACGGGCAUGGCGUCGGGCAGCAUCGUGGCGUUCAACAUCGACUUUAACCGCUGGCACUACGAACACCAGAACCGCUACUGAGGACCGCCGAGCAGGUGGGAGGGUGUGGGGGCGGUUCUGUACCCCUGGCCCGGGGAUUCUGAUGGUACUACUUCCUGUGUGUGACCUCACACACACACACACACACACACUGAGCCCAAAGACACACACCGACAUCGACGUGCGGAAUGGCGGCGAGGAGGCGUGGCUUCUCGCUCGGUUCUUGUUCCGUUGGCGCCGGAAGGCUUCAGACUCGAUUUGGUUCCUCCGUCAUAACUUUGGCCCAGGAGGAUUUGUACUCUUUCACCGCCGCAGAUUUAGAUGAUGUAAAUAAGCUCCGCCUCUUUAAUUUAUCGUCUGUAACAUAGCGUGUAAUAUUCCCGACCACGCCAGGCCAAAGUCGAGGAUGGUGAUGGCUUUUUUUCUGCCGGAGACGUCAGCCGGCGCCGCGUUCGAUUCCCGCUUUUAUUUUUUCUACAUCCGGUGAAGGCUCUGUCAAAUAUGUACAUAAAGUCUCGCUUCGGAACCCGUUCGGAGACGAAAAUCAGCUGACCGACAGCUUUCACUUUCACUUUCAUUUGUUGACUUCAGGCAAAAAUCAAUGUUUGUUUUGUAUUUGCACUUUACACCAAUCGUUAUUAUUUAUUAUUAUUAUUAUUAUUAUUCUAAUUAUUAUGAUUCUAAUUCCGGUUCGGGUCCAUGGAUGUUUGUGUUUCCCGCGUGUGGCGAAGACGUUCUUCAGCAAUACGACGCGCUCAUCAUUUCAUCACGCCACAGGAUCCGCCUCCAAAAAGAAGGAAGGAGAAAAAAAAAAAAACAAGCUGAAAUAUUUUUGGAUCUAUGAAACUCUUCAAAAAAAAUAAACUAUUGUAUUCAUGUUUUAUUGCAAAGAUGUAAAAUAUGACAUGUGUGAGUUGGGGGAGGGGGGGACAUCAUGAUAAGAAAAAUAAAUUAUGCAAAGAAUUUCCAGAGUUGGCUUUAACUUCCCUUGACCAGCAGGGGGCGCUUUUUUAAUGGCGUCUAAAAAAAAAAAAAAAAAAAAUUUCAACACAAA